AUGAUGGAGCCUUCGAAAGUCAGAACCAAACCGAGGCGCUCGGUGAGGGGGCCUCGAGGGGUGCCGAACAUUGAACCAGGGACGUUUAAGAAGCCUGGAGUGCUGGGAGGGCUGAACGUGAGCCCGUGGGUGGUUGAGGAGGAGGUUGAACGAGCGCAACGGGUAUUGUCCCAUAAGGCGACAAUUUCCACGAAUCCAGUUGUUUUCCGGAGGAAGCGGGAAGAAGGCGGGCUGCUGGACUACGCAGAAGAGAUGCACGCCGUGAAGCGCUUCCUCGACAAGAUCCACCCUAUCAGGGAUGAGUCCUGCCCGCCCAAGUCAGGCUUCUCCUACUCGGAGAGCUCGAGGGUCAGCAUGGAGUGGGGGGAGGGCACCGGGGGUUCCUUGGGCACGGUGAAGGCUUGCCUGCGAGGGACCAGCAGAUGCGGCGGGAGCGCCACAAGACCCAGCCGCUCUUGUCCGCUACCUUCGCAAAGGUCGAGGUUCGGUCAGUCUUGGGAGACCGAGGAUUUCACAGACGAGGGAUCGCCGCGCAACAACAACCAAGGGCAGGAGGCCGAUCGCGACGGCUCGGGCAUUGAGGUACGACCGAUGUGGAGCCGCCAAGGGCUGCGAGCUACACGGCCCGGCACCACCUCCUCUUCCUUCCAGGGCCCCGCCCUUCGCCCCUUCUCGUCCUCGUGCGACCAGCUAGGCCGCCCGAUGUCUCGGGAGGUUCUAUCCCGGUCCACCGCCGGCCUCAAGCCCCAGCAGUUUGAUACCACGCAGCGCCGCUCGGAGUACACGUGCGCCCUCUUGGGCAGGAGGGAGGCUCGCCAGUCGAGAGAGGCGGGGCGGGUCGUGGCUGCACAACUCGAAAAGGAGAGAAGAAAGAACGCCACCGAGGAACGGGAGGGGAUCGACAAGUUCGAGGGAAGCCUAAAGGAGAUACUGGCGCAGAAGUGGAAGUACCUCUAG